GAGGGCGCACGGCGGGAGGAGGGCGGGGGGUGGGGGGAUUUCCAGCGGCGGCGCUUCGCAGUUUCCUCUCCUUGUUUUGCUUUCGAUCUGGACUGUUCUCAGGCAAGCCGGGGAGUAACUUUUAGUUUUGCUCCUGAGAUUAUUCAACUGACGGGCUUUCGUUUCCAUUUCCCACACCCUAACAACACUUCAUACCUUGUGGAAUUGCACUGGUAGCGUUGAAAAAAGCACACUGAGAAGGGUACCAUGCCGGUGGAGAGAAUGCGCAUGCGCCCAUGGCUGGAGAAACAGAUCAAUUCAAACACGAUACCGGGGCUAAAGUGGCUUAAUAAGGAAAAGAAGAUUUUUCAGAUUCCCUGGAUGCAUGCGGCAAGACAUGGGUGGGAUGUAGAAAAAGAUGCCCCACUCUUCCGAAACUGGGCAAUCCACACAGGAAAGCACCAACCAGGAGUAGACAAACCUGAUCCAAAAACAUGGAAGGCGAAUUUCCGAUGUGCCAUGAACUCCUUACCUGACAUUGAAGAAGUCAAGGAUAAAAGUAUAAAGAAAGGGAACAACGCCUUCCGAGUGUACCGGAUGUUGCCCUUGUCUGAGCGGCCUUCCAAGAAAGGAAAGAAACCAAAGACUGAAAAAGAAGACAGAGUUAAGCACAUCAAGCAAGAACCAGUUGAGUCAUCUUUGGGGCUUAGUAAUGGAGUAAGUGAUCUUUCUUCUGAGUAUGCGGUCCUGACUUCAGCUAUAAAACAUGAAGUGGAUAGUACGGUGAACAUCAUAGGAUUUGGGGACACAGGAGUAAUAGAGACAAGUAAAGUUGUAGGACAGUCCCAUCUGGAUAGCAGCAUUGAGGAUCAAGAGAUUGUCACCAAUCCUCCAGACAUCUGCCAAGUUGUGGAGGUGACCACUGAGAGUGAUGAGCAGCCAAUGAGCAUGAGCGAGCUCUACCCUCUGCAGAUCUCCCCCGUGUCCUCCUACGCAGAAAGCGAAACCACCGACAGCGUGCCCAGUGAUGAAGAGAGCGGUGAGGGGCGGCUGCACUGGCGGAAGAGGAACAUUGAAGGCAAACAAUACCUCAGCAACAUGGGGAGCCGAAGCACCUACCUGCUGCCCAGCAUGGCAACCUUCGUCACUUCUAACAAGCCGGACCUGCAGGUCACCAUCAAGGAGGAGAGCUGUCCCAUGCCUUACAACAGCUCCUGGCCCUCGUUUCCAGAACUGCCUCUGGGCCCCUCCGUGACACCCACCCCAGGCAGCAGCCGGGAGACCAGGGCCAGCGUCAUCAAGAAGACGUCUGACGUGACCCAGGCCCGUGUCAAGAGCUGUUAAGCCUCCGACUCUGCCCGGUGGUUGUUGGAAGUUCUUGGCUUUGUUGUGUUGUUUGUUUGUCUUUCAUUCUCCUGUCUUGACACCCGUUUUAGACAAAUCUAAGGAAAACGCCUUGACAAUAGAACAUUGAUUGCUGUGUCCAACUCCAGUACUGGAGCUUCGUUUUAACUCAGGACUCCAGCCCCUUGGUAGACGCGUGUCUCUAGAGCCUGCUGGAUUCCCCUGCCCCACCCUGCCCUGCCCCCUUCCAGGGCUCCUCCCUCAAGUUCAAGGACCAACACACCCACAUGGGCAGUGGAGGUGCUGCAUGGCCUGCAGUCAAGGCCAGCAUGGUGGAGUGGAUGCCUCAGAAUGGACGAGAAAAUGUGAACUAGCUGGAAUUUUUUUUAUUCUUGUGAAUAUGUACAUAGGGCAGCACUAGCGACAUUGCAGUCUGCUUCUGCACCUUAUCUUAAAGCACUUACAAUAGGCCUUCUCCUGAGCUUGCUCUGUUUCACAGCACAUCCAACACCCCCUUUUCUGCCCCUGUCCCCAUUGUCCUCCCUUGCACCCGGUCCUCAGGUUCCUUUGUUUCUCCUCCUCCUUGCAGAGGCUGUGUUCCACCUGUUUGAGGAGGAGGAGAAGCAGAAAAUGAACCUCUUCGCAGAUGUCCCAUUUUAAGACUGCUUAAAAAAAAAAAGACAACAACAAAAAGAUCAUUCUAAUCUGCUAUGCUUGAAUGCCACGCGGUACAAAGGAAAACUAUCAUGGAAAUAUUAUGCAAAUUCCCAGAUCCGAAGACGGAAAUAUUCUAAUUCUAACCAGAGCAAGCUUUUUUAUUUUUUAUACAGGGGAAUAUUUUAUUCAAGGUAAAAUUCUAAAUAAAAAUAUAAUUGUUUUUUAUCUUUUCUACAGCAAAUUUAUAAUUUUAAGAUUCCUUUUCUUGUUUAUCAGCAGUUGUAUUACAUCCUUGUGGCACAUUUUUUUUAAUUUUGUAAAGGUGAGAAAAAAGCUUUUAUGAGCUCAUGUAGCAAUCAAAUUAUCCUGUGGAUUGAUAAUAAAUGAAUAUGAUAAAUAA